AUGGCCCCCGCAGCCAUCACCCCCGAGUCCUCCGGAACGACCACCCCCACCACACAAUCCGCCUCCGCCCUCACCCAAGCCGGCAUCAAACACGCCCUGCCAGAAACACACGCGCCCCUCGACGCCUCCAAAAUCACCCACACCUACACCACCACCCCGCGCGCCGUCCCCGCCCCCGACUCCGACGAGACGAAAUCCCAAAAGACAUGCACCGACCACAUGGUCACGGCGCGGUGGACGAUCGAGUCGGGCUGGGAGACGCCCGAACUGAAGCCCUACGGACCCCUGAGCAUCAUGCCGUCGGCGAGCGUGCUGCACUACGCGACGGAGUGUUUCGAGGGCCUGAAACUCUACCGAGGAUACGACGGGAAAUUGCGGCUGUUCCGCGUGCGCAAGAACUGCGAGCGCAUGCUGCGGUCGGCGCGCAGGAUCGCGCUGCCGGAUUUCGAGCCCAGCGAGCUGGAGAAGAUGAUCGUGGCGCUGUGUGCGACGGAUGGGGAGAAGUGGUUGCCGAAGGAGAGGGCGGGGCAUUUCUUGUACAUCCGGCCGACGUUCAUUGGGACGGAUGCGGCGCUGGGCGUGCAGAGGCCGCGGGAGGCGUUGCUUUAUGUGAUUAUUGCUUGCUUUCCGGAUAUGACGAAGAGUCUGCCGAGUCCGCCGGCUUUGAAUGGGAGUGCGGCGAAUGGGGCGGCGGAGAAGAAAGCGUCGAGUGGGUUGAAGUUGUUGGCGAGUAAUGAGGAUACGAUUCGCGCGUGGCCCGGUGGGUUUGGGUAUGCGAAGUUGGGGGCGAAUUAUGGGCCUUCGCUUGUUGCGCAGGGUGAGGCGAGGGCGAGAGGGUUCGAUCAGGUGUUGUGGUUGUUUGGGAAGGAGUGCUAUGUGACUGAGGCUGGGGCUUCGAACUUCUUCAUUGUGUGGAGGACGAAGGAGGGCAAGCUGCAGUUGGUUACGGCGCCGCUGGAGGAGAGGAUCAUCCUCGAGGGUGUGACUCGCGCAUCGAUUCUGGACUUGGCCAAGACACGACUGUCGAAGAGCGUCAACGAUCUUGAGAGCCUGGAAGUGGUUGAGCACCGCUUCACCAUGGAGGACCUCCUGUCAGCUCAAUCCGAGGGCCGUUUGAUCGAAGCCUUCGCCGCAGGAACUGCAUUCUUCGUGGCUCCUGUUGGAAAGAUCCAUUUCCGCGGAAAGGAUGUCGAGAUUCCGAUGGCGGAGGGUGACAGUGGUGCGUACGCCAAGUUAAUCAAGUCGUGGCUGGUCAGCAUUAUGUAUGGCAAGGAGGACCACGAGUGGGGUGUUGUUGUUGAGGAGAAGGGCGUGCCGCAGUAG